CGGCGUGAGCUCCGUUAUUGUGGUGGCCGUCAUGGCUGCACACGGUAACAACUUUAUCCGAGUGCGCUUACACUUUGACUAUCCGCCGCCAGCCGUGGUGGACUGCCGCAUGUGCUGGAUGCUCGUGGACGUCAGCAAGUGUCGCGUAGUGGCGGAUCUGGAGAGCAGCAUCAGAGAGAAGUUCGAGUUCAGCCGCAGGAGCAUCCUCAGCCUGUUCAUAGAGGACUGCUACCUGCCGCACACCGAGAGCAUCUACGUGGUGCGGGACAACGACAGUGUCAGGGUGAAGGUGGGCUGUCUGGCUCAGCUGAACGGGGACAGCAGCUGUCCAGGAUUGGCAAAAGAAAACCGCAGAAAGAGACAGAGACCCACAGAGGAGGAUGGGCCAGGAGAAAAUGAAGUAAAUGUGGAAUGGAAGAAAAAGAAGAGGAAAAAAAGGAGCAAGGAGAGCCUUGAGAGGAACACUACUCAAGCUUCAGGUCAUGAGAAGAAAAAGAAAUCAAAAGAGAGGAUGACAAGAAAGAUGGCUCAGGAAAAUGGCCCUACUGUCACACCCAAAGCAGUUGCUUCUCCCAACCUCACCUCACCUGGUGUCACCCAGGCCCUUAACACCACCAAGAAGCCCCCAGUGGCACAAGCAAAAGCACAGACUGUCUCUUCCUCAGAUUCAUCUAGCAGCAGCAGUGAUGAGGAUGAAGCUACCCAAAAAACAUCUGCUCAAAAACCAGAGCCCAAAAUGCCCUCCUUGACCCCUGCUGCUUUUAAGGCUCCUCCAACCACCAAACCUGUCCAGGCAAAAUCAAAGCCUCCUCCUUCAUUGUCUUCAGAAAGCACCUCCUCCUCUGAUGAGGCCACCACUGUGAAGAGCCAGCCAAAAAACAAACUUUUAACCUCCACAACCCCCAAAGGAGAAACAAGUGAUAAUUCCAGAUCUCCACAGGCUCUUCCUGCCCUGCAGCCCACAGAGCAUGCUCAGAAACACGAUGUGAGCAUAGCGAUGCCCCCUCAAGAUAAAACCACGGUGCCUUGUAAUUCAGACAGUGAAGAAGAGAUCGAGCUGGUUAUCCGACAGCCGAUGCAGCAGCUGGCCCACGGUGUGGGUGGUCAGGUGUCUUGGAGAAACCGCCACCUCGGACAAACCAGGCAUGGUGGUUCUGGAGGGAGGGGAAGGGGUGGAGGUGGAGGGAGCAUCGGCCAUAACGAAGCCAAGGAGCCAUCCUGCCUGAUUGAUUCACUAAGCAAUAUGUCUGUGCUCCUCCAGAACGGAGCAGAAGGAGCUCCAGAGAAGGACUACAGCUCUAUGCCCCUGCUAGCUGCCCCUCCACAGGUGGGGCAGAAGAUUGCAUUCAAGUUACUGGAGCUGACUGAGAACUAUACUCCAGAGGUGUCAGGAUAUAAGGAGGCAAAGAUUGUGAGCUUUGACCCAACCACCAAACAGAUUGAGCUGGAACUACUCAACAUCUCUCACGCUCCUGUGGAGCCUGGCAAGUUUGACCUGGUCUAUCAAAACCCUGAUGGCUCAGAGAGCGUGGAGUAUGCAGUGUCCAGAGGCUCUCAGGUGACAGAAAGGUGGGACUCCCUGCUGGAACCAAGGCUCAUCAUUUAAAUGAGACCCAACAGUGACUUUGUACAUCUUCUAGUUUGACAAGAUGCAACUGUAAAACUGUUAAACUAUAGGCUACCCUGCAUAUGACAGGUAAAGGAUAUGAUUAAGGCUGAGUUUUCUCUUCUCUGAUCUUCUAAAGAGGUCAUGAUUUUGCACAGAAGAGCUACUGCAGAUGUAAGCAUUGAAAAAUGCUACUAAAUGUACUAAUACUAAUUUUACAAAUACUUGUUGCAUUUGAAUUGGAGUUAUAUAUGAAAUGCUGUUUUUA